AUGACCGUCUCCUUCACAGUCCUGCUCUGUCUGGGGGUGACACUGGGCCUCAGAACCACAGUGCUGGCAGGAACUCUCCCUAAACCUAUCCUCAGUGUACAGCCAGAUUCUGUGGUCUCUGUACAAACUACAGUGACCUUCCUGUGUGAGAGGACCAUGGGAGCCCAAGAAUACCAUCUGUAUAGAAAUGGAUACCAAUAUUUAACACACAGAGACAGACUACCAAAUCCUAAUAACAAGGCUGAAUUCUCAAUCUCAAAAGUAGACCAUAACAAAACAGGCCAAUAUCAAUGUCAAUAUUGGACCCAUGGUGGAUGGUCAGAGUACAGUAACUCACUGGAGCUGGUGGUGACAGGGGCCUACAAUAAACCCAGUCUCUCAGCCCCCCAACCUGUGGUGACUGAAGGAGGGAAAGUCACCCUCCAGUGUGGCUCAAUGCAACUAUAUCAUAGGUUCGUUCUGAUUAAGGAAGGACCACAGAAGCAAUCCUGGACACUGGACUCAGAGUAUUACUACUUUACUUGGCCAUUCCGGGCCAAGUUCCAUGUGGGCCCUGUGACCUCCAGUCAAAGGUGGACAUUCAGAUGCUACAGCUUUCACAGUAACAGACCACUAGUGUGGUCAGAACCUAGUGACCCACUGGAGCUCUUGUUCUCAGGGACCCUCCACAAACCCACCAUCCAGGCUGAGCCAGGCACCAUGGUCACCUCAGGAAACUCCAUGAACAUCUCGUGUCAGGGGACCCUGGAGGCAGAAGUGUAUUUUCUUUAUAAAAAGGGAAGCAAACAAACCUGGGGUACACAGACCCCGAAGAAGCCUGGGAAGAAGUCCACCUUCUCCAUUCCUUCUGUGACACAGUCACAUGCCGGGCAAUAUCGCUGUUACUGUUACACCUCAGCUGGCUGGUCAGAGCCCAGGGACACCUUGGAACUGGUGGUGACAGGAAUCUAUGACACUAAACCACACCUGGCAGAAUUGCCCAGCCCUGUGGUGACCUCAGGAGAGAACAUGACUCUCCAGUGUGUCUCACAGGAGAGCUAUGACAAGUUCAUCCUCACCAAGGAAGAUCAGAAAUUCUCCAGCUCCCUGACCUCACAGUAUAUCAACAGUACUAUGCAGUACCAAGCCUUAUUCUCUAUAGAUCAUGUAACAGCAGACCACACAGGGACAUUCCAAUGCUAUGGUUACUACAACCAAACCCCACAGCUGUGGUCAGCACCCAUUGAGGCCCUGGAAAUGCACAUCUCAGGACUGUCCAAGAAGCCCUCUCUGCUGACUCAUCAAGGCCAUAUCCUGGACCCUGGAAAGAGUCUCACCCUGCACUGUGGCUCUGACAUCAACUAUGACAGAUUUGCUCUGUACAAAUUGGGUAAAACAAAAUUCACCCAGCACUAUGGCCAGAGGACCCAGGCUGGCCUCUCCUUGGCAAACUUCACACUGGGCUAUGUGAGCAGCUCUACUGCAGGGCAGUACAGAUGCUGUGGUGCACACAACCUCUCCUCUGAGUGGUCAGCCUCCAGUGAUCCCCUGGACAUCAUGAUCACAGGUGAGGAUCUAAAUAGAUUCAAUCUGGACAGCUUCCUGAUAGUGAAGCCAAACUCAACAGUGCAGUCUGGAGACAACGUGAUCCUGCUGUGUCAGUCAGCAUACACGACAGACACUUUCAUUCUGUCCAAGGAGGGAGCAGCCCACCAACCCCAGAGAAUGAAAUCCAAGUCCCAAGAUGUGGAGUUCCAGGCAGAAUUCUAUAUGAUGGCUGUGACCGCCCUCUCAGGCACCUACAGGUGCUGCAGGUCUCAAGACUCAUCUCCCUACCUGUUGUCACAUGCCAGUGCCCCUGUGGAGCUCUCUGUCUCAGCCUCAGAGAACAAGGAUUACACAGUGGAGAAUCUCAUCAGGAUGGGGAUGGCUGCCCUGGUCCUCAUUUUCCUUGGGAUUCUGGUCUUUGAGCCUUGGGGCAGCCAGACUGAGGCCCACCAUGCAGCUGAGAAGCAGUCAGAAUAG